AUGGCGGAUUGCUUUGACAGACCAGUUGUGACUGUAACGCAUCGAAAGCAAAAAAUUAAUGGAAGGAAAAAAGAUGCGGCAAAGAUUAAACGCAUAAAAAAUCACACAACAGGUAAGGAUUGCAAAUGCAGCCGUCUAAAAUGUUUUGAACAGAUAAGUGAAGCUGCAAGACAAUCACUUAUUGAGGGCUUCAACACAUACUCAAGCAAAGACAGCCAAGAUGCUUAUCUGUCUACAAUGGUAGUAGUUCUCCCUGUAAAACAAUGUAGGUGUAGGGAAGGUGCAGACAAAAAUUCUUAUAAACCUAAAGAGAUGAGUGUUAAGUAUGUCGUAAAGGUAUCAACAGGAACAUCAGUGGAACCAGUGGCAGUGUGUGUGAAAGCCUUUUGCUCGCUCUUCGGCAUCACAAAAAACCGUGUAGAAACAGUCCGCAAAGCAAUGUCAUUAACAGGUCAUGCACCACAAGAUGGAAGAGGAAAGCAUAACAACAGGCCACACAAAUUGACAGAUAAAACAGUAACACUGGUGUGUGGCCACAUAUCAUCUUUCCGGCGCAGACACAGUCACUAUGCAAUGGGGGAGACAAGAACGUUGUACCUUCCAGAUACCUUGAAUGUCGCCAAAAUGCAUCAGAUGUUUGUGUCAGUUCACCCUGAAACCAAGGUUUGUGUAUGUUUUUAUGUCAGUGACAGUGAAAUAGAGGAUAUUUUGAAGCUACUAUAUGUGCAUGCACGAAUACUAAUUUUUAAUUGCAGCUAA